AUGAAUGUGGUCAAAAUCAAUGAUGAGGAGUAUAAUGUUCUGGAUGGUGAUAUGAACGGUCUGGUGAACUUACAAAACCAUAGUUGUAUGUGCAGGAAGUUUGACUUAGAGCAACUCUUGUGCAAGCAUGCUAUUGCGGUAUGUCGACACUUGAAAUUGAACCCCGACUCCUUAGCCUCUUCGUAUUACCCACGAGCAACAUGGGUAGCUGCAUAUGCUGAAUCCAUUUAUCCUGUACCACCUCAAGGGACAUGGGUUAUUCCCGAACAUUUGAACAAUAUAAAAAUCCUCCCUCCUCUUUCUAAGGUUAUGCCGGGGCAUCGUAAAACACAAAGAAUACCUUCUAAAGGAGAGGACUGGAGUGAAAACAAAUGCUCAAGGUGCGGUGUGAAGGGCCACUACCGAAAUACAUGCAAACAAUUUGUCCCCAUCACCAAAAAGCAGCAGGUUGCGUAG